AAGCCAAACUGAAGCAUUCUAAUAAUGCUGUCCAGAUUUAUCCACGAAUUUCCCCAAUUUUCUCAUUAAUCCUUUUUUAUAUGCUGUCAAGUUUUCCUGCAAGCCGGCUCUCUCUCUUGCUUUCUCUGUCUUUCUCUCUCUCUCAAACCGCUUUGGCGUCUGAGCAGCGGUUUCACACACUGGUUAGGCGGAUUGGAGUUGCAGGGCAUAAGAUUCAUGGUACCCUCCAGCCAUUGAAGGAGUUUGAGGGUAUUCUUUGGGUUCUUUCCCCCUUCUCCUUCCUAUUUCUGUCUCUAUCUCUGUCUCUCUCUCUCUCUGUCUCUCUCUCUCUCUGCUAUGUCGUGUGAAAAGCGGUUUUCGGCACGGGCUUAGCGGUUUGGAGUUGCAGAGCAUAAGAUUCACGGUACCCUCAAGUUAUUGAAGGUUUGAGGGUAUUCCUUGGGUUCUCACUCCCACUCUCCUUCUUUUCGAACCAUUUCGGGGGAUACCCAGAUCUUCCUUGUUCCGUUUACGGAUGGCUACCAGGUCUGGGAAGGGCCUGUUAGUUCUCUGCUUCCUCUUGCUCCUUCUCCUAGUCUCUUCUUCCCAGGCGAGGAGACUCACUGCCAGGCAGCAUUUUGAAGUCCGGAAGCACCUCAAGCGCUUGAACAAGACUCCCAUCAAAACCAUUGAGAGCCCAGAUGGGGAUCUCAUCGAUUGCGUUCAUCCAUACCAUCAACCUGCUUUUGAUCAUCCUUUCCUCAAGAAUCAUACCAUUCAGAUGCAACCGAGCUUCCACCCAGAUCGUAUGUUUGGAACAAGCAUGGUCGAGUCUAGCACAGAGAAAUCCGAUAUUACUCAGCUUUGGCACACGAAUGGAAGGUGCCCAGACGGAACCAUACCCAUCAGAAGGACAACAAAGGAAGAUGUUCUGAGAGCUAGCUCUGUUAAGAGGUUUGGGAAAAAGUCUCAUAGGUCAAUCCCUCGGCCUAUCUCCAUUAAUCCUGACUUGGUUAAUGAAAAUGGUCAUCAGCAUGCAAUUGCUUACGUUGAAGGUGAUAAAUUUUAUGGAGCUAAAGCUACAAUAAACGUGUGGCAGCCAAAAAUUCAGCAGUCCAAUGAGUUCAGCCUUUCACAGCUUUGGAUAUUAGGUGGUUCCUUUGGUCAAGAUCUUAACAGCAUUGAGGCUGGCUGGCAGGUCAGCCCAGACCUUUAUGGUGACAACAACACUAGACUGUUUACUUACUGGACUAGUGAUGCGUAUCAAGCAACAGGAUGUUACAAUCUUCUAUGCUCUGGCUUUAUCCAAAUCAAUAGCCAAAUUGCGAUGGGGGCUAGCAUUUCGCCGAUUUCUGGUUUUGGUGGUUCCCAAUAUGAUAUCAGUAUCCUCGUAUGGAAGGACCCAAAACAAGGAAAUUGGUGGAUGCAAUUUGGGAACGACUACGUGCUGGGAUACUGGCCUUCCUUCUUGUUUUCAUAUUUGGCUGAUAGUGCUACCAUGAUUGAAUGGGGUGGAGAAGUGGUGAACUCAGAGCCCGAUGGUGAGCACACUUCAACUCAAAUGGGCAGUGGCCAUUUCCCUGAUGAAGGCUUUGGGAAGGCUAGCUACUUCAGAAACAUUCAGAUCGUGGACUCCUCGAACAAUCUCAGAGCCCCUAAGGAUAUUGGGACCUUUACUGAGCAGUCCAGUUGCUAUGAUGUUCAGAAUGGUAAUAAUGGGGAAUGGGGUAAUUACUUUUACUAUGGGGGACCUGGUAAGAAUCCAAAUUGCCCGUAGAAGAUGGGUAAGAUUCCUCUCUCUGUCCUUCUAGCCCCACAGAAUGUACCAUUAAAAUGUACUUAAAGCUAAGCCUUAAUUUUUACUUCCCAUCUUUUCUAUUUUCAACUCAAAAAGAUGUGAUGUUUUAGUGCUUGCCUAGCGCAGCUGCCAAAAUGCGUGAUCUGAUCUUCUCCCUCUUGUUGGUAUUUGUUUUGUUUGGUGUAUCUUUUGCUCCUUGUAAAAGAUAUGGGAAGGCCAAAAACCUAGGCCUUUCCUUGUAAAAUUGUUGAGCCUGCUUACCGGGUUAUGAAUGAAUUUGUGAGAGCUUCUGAUC